UAAAUUAUAAACACACACGACUGUGAAAUUUAUGCUCAAUAUCCUUGUGUUUUGGUCGUUUUUGCAUUUCGUAAACUGAUGUCCUACGUUUUUAMAACAAUGGGAACUUAAUGCACUUGGAACAAGAUUCUUUUUAGCUGAUAUUUCGCUUAGGGAGUGUUAUUUGAUCGAGAAUCACUCAAUCGAUCAACCAACCACUUAUUGGUUUCGCACAACUGACGCGUUCUAGUUCCCUUUGGCCUUGUUGUAUUUUAGAAAUGGGAGUAUUUCUCUUUAUUCCGAAUCUGAUAGGUUAUGGCAGGAUAAUAUUGGCCUUUAUGUCAUUCUAUUAUAUGCCAUUUGAUCCUACUAAAGCAGUUGUGACUUACCUGGUCAGUGGGUUACUUGAUGCRUUUGAUGGACAUGCAGCAAGAUACUUUAAUCAAAGCACAAAAUUUGGUGCACUGCUUGACAUGUUAACAGACAGAUGUGUUACCACAGCUUUGCUGAUGAUGCUGUCGGUGUUCUAUCCUUCCUAUCUCUUUCUCUUUCAAUUCCUGGUCUGUUUGGAUAUUAGCAGCCAUUGGAUACAUGUCCAAUCGUUGUGCUGUUCAUAUUCUGUGCAGGCAAUGAGUUGUUCUUCUGCACGCUGUACCUAAUACACUUUACCCCAGGUCCCACAGCUAUGAUUGCAGGAAGGUCCUUCUAUCUCUUCACAUCCAUGGCAUUGAUCACAGCACCAAUUUGCUUCUUAAAGCAAACAGUCAGUGUCAUUCAGCUAGUUGCUGCUUGCUAUAAUGUCUCGCUUGUUGAUGAAGAGGAGAGAGCCAAGGUUACCAAUUGACUAGGCGUGGCUUAGGGCGGGGCCUUGAAGCAAGUGGACACUGCAGCAUUGGACUGGUUGAAUACCACCAGUAAAAUAGAAAGUGGUUGUCUGCAAAAAAAAAAAAAACAUUUUUAACGAGGGAGGGGUGGCAGGGAGGAAGGGUGCUCUAGAAAAAAAUCAAUCAAUCAAUAUUGUACUUACAAACGGAUAAGGCCGAUUUACACGGUACGAUUGUCGCGUACGACUUGUAGUAUACGAUUGUUCAAAAUCCUACUACAAGUCGUAGGUUGCGUACGACUGUUGUAGACAAGUCGUAGGGGAAUUUACACUGCGCGAUUCAAGUCGUAUACUACAAAUCGCACGAGACAAUCGUGCCGUGUAAAUCAGCCUUUUGAGUUCAGGACUUAACAAGCAAAGCUUAUAAAUAAACGUAUAUUAUAAAGUAUUC